AUGGACUUUCUCGAUUACCAGACCUAUGGUCUGGGUGAGACAGGUGCCAAUGACUCGACACUUUCGGAGCCGGCGUCCAGGAUCAAACUCCAGUCACAACAGUCACUAGCAGCUCUCGAAAAGAACUUCCAGCUGCCUAACCUAAAGGCAAGUUCCUUGUCAGAUAAUGUUAGCGAAAACUUACAAGAUAAAAUGCAGAAGUAUGCGUCUAUGUCUCUCGAGCUAUUGUCGUCCGCCGAAUUACCUCGAUACUCAGGUUCAGACUUGCCAACCUCUUCGAAGGGCACAUUGCCUAGGGGCGACAAUCUGAAGCAGCUGCUACAAAACUCAGAAAGUGCUGCAAAUGACGCAGAUCUCUUGCUCUCGAAAAAACUAUCCCGUGUGCUAAACAACAAUAGUGCGUGUCACCUAACAGAUAUUCAAUUGCGAAAAUCGUUCAAAAUAUUAGAGGACAACGAAGAACGUCUCAAUUUUAAAAGCAAGACCGUUGUUCGCCCCGAUUAUGUCGGGUCUCUAGCUAGAAAAACGCUAAGAAGUGAUCUGGAGAAUGAACUACUGCGGUCCCAUUUGACCAUCAUAGAAGAGAUCAAGCCGAUCGUCAGGCGCGUCAAAAGACUGUCUCAACCCGUCAAGUCUUUGCAAGAUAUUGGUGAAUCAAUCCUAAAGAACACCUCCCAAAACACUACAGACUCGAACCUAGACAUGAAAACAGUUUACGGACUACGCCAAAACAUCGAGCAGCUGCAUAUCCAAAAAAAAUUGCUUGUCGCGAUUCGUGAUAAACUCACACUGACUCAAGUGGAAGAAGAAACUCUAGUCAAUGCCUCGAUUGAAGCUGAACUUUUUGAAGUGAUCAACAAGUUAAUGGCAAUUAAAGAAGCGUCUUCUUACCUUCUUUCCUUGGAAAACCCCAAAGCAGGGCAAACCCUUCUAGCACAAAUUAAUUCCAAGAUUGAAAAAGCCAACAAGCGUAUUUACUACUACCUUGUCAAUUUUUUUCACGAUCUGCAUUCUGGCUUCAAAACUUUUGGUGAACGUACAUUUGCAUCCGACGACAAAAGUCUCUUGACAUUCCAGAGAAGCAUGAUAUACCUGUCAAAUGAUCUAUCACUUUUCAAUGAAGUUCUAAAGAAAAUUGUCAAGCUAAGGUCUCAACGAGUACUAAAUGAGUUUUUGUCUCAGUUUGAUUUUGAUUCUUCUAGGGGCUCAAAACCAAUCAUAAUGUCUGCCCAUGAUCCUGUCCGCUACUUAGGUGACGUUCUUGCCAAUGUUCACUCGCUUAUAGUUGACGAAGCAGACUUUAUGAACUCCAUGUUCAAAUUUCAGACGCUUAACAUCCAAGGGACUCCGAAAUCAGUCCUCCAGGAAAAUGGCGAAUUUCUAAAUGGCUUGGGCGUUAGACUGCUAAACGAAACUUUCAAACCAUCAGAAAACUCCAUCAGAAUACGACUGGAACAAAUUAUAAGAUUUGAAGAUGAUCCAUUGGUAAAUUUCGACAUCAGCGAGUUGUUGAAAUUAUACAAAAUGAUGUUCAUUAAAUAUGGAAUUCUACCCGAUUCCUCGUUAAUACAGCAGCUUGACCUCUUGAAAGAAAGCGCGGGCAAGAAAAUUCUGGUCGGUUUAGUGAAGUUGAUGGAAUUUUCUGAAAAAGAACUCGAAACUGCAACCGAGGUCCUUCCACCAGACUGGUUUUCUGAGUACGUUAGUCUCCUUUGUGAAUUCUUUUCCAAGCUUGAAAAAAGCGGAAGUCUUGAAGGCUCAGACAAUGUGGUGGACUCUAGCUUUCUGGACAGAACAGUUGGCCAGCUAGUCAGUGGAAAGCUUUCCGAAUAUCAACAGGCUAGAUUUCCUCUUGCGAAGAAAAACCGAAAGGAGAAAAUACCCAUGUUGGUCUUCGAAAUCAAUUGCUUAGAUUUGUUGCUGACUAGACUGUUGCCUUAUCGAAGCAGCGUUUUAGAGGCUGUGGGGUCCGACCUAGUAUACGACCGUAUCAAUUCUCAUUUGGAACAGUCGAUUAAGAGCUUGAUUGCGUUAGAAACGGCUGAAUUAUUUGAGAAACUGGGCCUAGGUCUUUACAACAGUCUUUUAAAUAUGAUUUUCCCCGUCGACUCUGUAGAAGACGAACUGGACUACGACAUGUACUUUCCAGCUGGCGAAAAUCCAAUCAUGGAUAAAAAAACGAUACAAACCAAUGUUCACCAGAAACUGAAUAACCACCUGCCGGAAAUUUCGAAUGAGAUUCAAGAGAACUUUGCUUUCAACAUAGUUUCCCCUAGAAUAGCGGAUCGCAUCUCUUCAGGCUGUCUUGGCAACCUAUCAAAAUUCUACGCUGUUUUCAAAAAGACGUUAGAACACUUAUACCCCGAUUCUGAGGAAGAAUUAGCCUCUAUCCUUAAUUUCACCGAACAAGAAUUUGACACAUUAAUUGGUCUAAACUGA